UACUUAGAAUUUGGGAAAGGAAACAAAAUGGACGGUGUGUGUAAUGGCGUUGUUACGAAUUUUUAACGCGGUGUGAAAAAUAUGCAUUUAUAAGACGAAUCUCGAAUAGUAUAUCAAUUAAAUAGUAUUAACUAUACGUACUCUUUUAAAGUCUGUCUAUUUAAUAACUUUAUUGCUUUAUCUUUUCUGAAGAAUUUGAAUCUAUUUCUUGAGUAUGGUGUCCAUUUUGUGAACAAUCUUGUGUGGCGUUUUCAGAUAAAAUGGACGCACUAAGUUAUUGUUGGACACUUCAACGCCAAAUAAUAUUAAUUCACUCUUAAUUGAGUGAUGGACUCAUAUAAUUUAUUUGGUGAUGAUGGAAGCGGUAUGUUGGAAGGACUUACUGAUCUUGGUGGAACAGACAGCUUUGCUGGUGGCUCAUCAUCUUCAGUAGCUGAUAACAAAGAAACUACAGAUAACAGUUAUAGGCCAACAUAUAACCAAGGCAGUGUGGCACAAGAAGGCUCGAUUCAGAAACUAGCCCCUUUUGGAGGAGGGAGUGCUGGUAGCAUAUCAAGUAAUGCUCAACCAGUGCCUCCACCAGGGGCUCCACCAGGUCCAGAGUACCAUGAUUAUGGCAACUAUCCUCCUCGCCCACGUUUACCUCAGCCGCCACAUGCGCCGCUACAUCCAUCGCAUCAUGUGCAUCCUUCACACUCAUAUCCUGGAUAUCAUCCUGGACCAGAUCCAAUGUACACCAUGCCUGAACAAACAGGUAUUGGGGAUAUGGGUGUAUGGUCUGGUGCGCCAGGAGCUAACAGAUAUGGUCCCAUCCCCGGCUACAGACAUACUUAUGAACACCAGCAAAAAAUCCAUCAGUAUACUCCACAACAGGCAUCUAAUAUAGGCGGUCUUCAGUCGCAGAAUGGAACAUAUUUACCACGACAGCCUCAUUUUUCCCAGCCUACAUCGCAGCAAAUUUAUGGGCAACAACAGAAUUAUCCUAAUUAUACACAAAUGCAUCCUCCAGCGGCAUCGCGAAUAGGCCAGCAUCCAACAUAUCAUCAACAAAUGGAUGUAAAUCCUCAUCAAUAUGGGAUGUCUCACGGGCAACAAAGUCACACUCCGUUGCCUCAACAUCAACCACAUCAAAAUAUGGCUAGCCAUGCAGGUGGCCUGGCUUCUGGAAUUCAAAACCAUCCUAAUGUUCAUCUUCAUCAUCCUAGUGCCGCUCCUCUUCACCAUGUGCCACGUCAACCUCCAGGUCCGCCUUCUUCUGUUGCUCCGUCACACCCUGUCCCUUCAAAUAUACCGUAUGCAUCGCCUCAUCAUUCCGUUCCAAUGAACUAUCAACCACAUCAAGUCCAACAUCCAUUGGACGUAAAUGUUACAAAUCAAUAUAAUCCAGUGAAACCUACAGGUAUAGACACUGGAAGUCCUCAAUAUCGUCCAGCGUUUCCACAAUUAUCUCCUCAAAUGUCACCACGGGCGCAAAUGUCACCACGACAGCAGCAACCUCCUCAAUUGUCACCUAGGCCUGUAAUGUCACCGGUAAAAGGACCUAGUGCAUCUCCUCACGCCUCUAGAAACAUAGUUCCGACGACAGCAACAACGGGUUCUUCUUCCACAGCUAGCUCAUUUACAACAGCUAGCUCAUUUACGUCUCAGAAUACCUUACAAGCUUUGGAACAAAUGGUUUUACCCACUGGUACCGAAUAUCCAUUUCAACGGAAUCCUUCACCAGCUGUCGGUCAUAUAGUUUCAACCCCCUCACAAUGGGGUCAAACUAAAAUGCCUACUUUAAGCAGUCUGACACAAAUGGAAAGCAGUGAUCAAUCUAACAAAUCUUCAGAGUCCAGUGCGUCUAUUCCACCUGGAUUGAAAUCUGACCUGGUGACUAAAAAUAUUCCAGUUCCCUGUCCGAAUGUAGAGAUUAAAAAUGUAGAAAAGACGGAAAUAGAACACGAUAGAUCGUCUGAUAAUUUAAGCACGCCAUCGCAUACGUUCAUGCAACCAACUAACAUGACUAAUAUCUCAAAGGAUAGUGUACCAGAAAAUUCUUUAACUAAUAUAUCAAAUAAUUUAAAUUCUUGUAUUCCUAAUGAAGAACCGGAUAGACUUGAUAAAUUGCCACCUUCAAAUUUGAUAAGAGAAACAAAUACCGAAACAACAGAGGAAGAAAAAGUAGAUAAUAAUUCUGAUAUUCCUGAAAAAACUGAUCAAAGACAGGAAAUUAAACAACAUACAACUGAGGUAACGAGUAAACAAAGCAUCGAAACUUCAAUAAAUCAAGGAAUAUCAGUGCCGCCAUCGUCAGUGAAGAAUAUAGGUAAUCCUGCUAGUGAGCAUUCUCAAUUAAAUGUACCACAUCAAAUGAAUUUAUCAAUACAUUCUGCAACUAAUACUCCGGGUCCUGCAAAUCAGUAUGACAAUAUGACAAAUUUAAAUGUCAAUAGAAAUCAAGGAUAUGCAGGCAAUAAUAUACAAAGUAUUCAAACUAAUUUACCGAAUAUGUUGCCAUCAAAUGUUCCGUCAAAUUUGUCGUCUAAUACAAAUACAAAUUCUGUUCCUUCGACUUUUCCCAGUGGACAAACCCCUACGACUCAGUCUGUACCUAACGGACAACAAAAUCAUACCAUUCAGCACGGUAAUUUAUCAAAUCCCGUGUCUUCUAGUAUACCAGUUCACAAUCAACAGGGUAAUUUAAAUUGUAUACCAUCGUCCAUGCCUACUAUGCAGACAAAUAUUCAACCACAAACAAUACCUAAUGUACCGAGUAAUAUGCCAAUUGCUCCACCAAAUACUUCUACAAAUGUACCUAAUGUUCCAGUAGGGCUACCUAUGAAUGUUCCUAGCAUACAUUCGAAUAUGGGACCUUCGAUGCAGGCAAUGCCAAGUAUACCCCAUAACCUGCCUCAUAAUCCAAAUAUUAUAAUUAUGGGAACAAAUACGAUGACUCACUCCAACAUGCCUGGUAUGUAUCCCACCUCACAUCAUCAAGAAAGAUUGUCUUUACAACAACAGAUUCAAGAAAUUUAUUGUUUGCCGCCAUCUAAUGAAAACCAGGAAAAAGUUCGAUGUUUACAAGAAAGGUUAGCUUUAUUACAACAACAUGAAACAAAUGAUAAGUGUAAUGGUGGUCCUAAUUGCCUGUUGCAAAAUCCUCUUUAUGGUUCAAAAAUGGUUGAGAGUCCACAGGUAACUAGUACAACAGGACGUGGGAGAGGUAAGGGUCCUGCAAAACCAAGAAAACCUAGAGUAAAAAAAGAAAAAAACGUAAAUACUGCACCUCUUGAUCAAUUGCCUGUUUCUGAAGAUUGUGUAACAGCCGGUACAGGACUUCAAGGCAAUUCAGAGCUUGAUAUGGAAUUAAAUGAAGAAAUGACAAAUCUUGAUAGUAGUGCAUUAUCAAUUAACGCUCUUAGUACCGGAAAAGCUAAAAAACCAAGAGGUCCUCGAAAAAAUAAAGAAAGAAAACCUAGAACACCAAAAGAACCCAAGGUCACUAAACAAACUGAAGAUAAACCAGUGAAACAACGCAAAAAACGAGAACCUAAAGAUCCUAACGCUCCGAAACGGAGGCGAAAUUUGAAAAAGGAUGCAGCUGAAAUUUUGGCAGAUACAACAACAAGUUAUGAUUUAUUAGAAAAAAGUAAUAUUGAAAAUAAUUCGAGUGAAAUCUCUAUAAACAAAAAUAACUCUGAUAUAAAAACUAGCACCUCUUCUGAAUUACCUGGUUUAGAUGAAUCGAAUGUUACGGAUUUUGACGACAUUCCUGUUUCUAAAAUUGCAAUCAAGGAUUUAUUAGAAGAAGCAGAGGCAAAACGGGAAUGCGACAAAGAUGAUGAUGCCGAUUCUAUAAAUCAAAAGAAACGUACAUCAAAAAAACGAGCCUCAUCAGGUGGUAGCUGUAAGAAAAUGUCAGUAAAGAAAACACCUGGUGGUCGUAAAAAGAAACGUGGCGGAAUAAUCCCAGAUUCUGAUGGUGAACCAGAUGAUAUGAUGUCUACACCGCCACCAUCUCCACCGCCUGAAGGGGACGACAGUUUAAAAAGACGUUCAGCUCGAAAUACGCAACGUAAAAAAUAUACCGAUGAUGUUAUGUUACGACUAUCAGACGAUGAAUUUGCAAUUACGACUCCUAAAAUCGAAAAAGAUUGUAAGCCAGAAGAAUCGAGUGCUGAAACCAAAGAAAGUGUUAGGCUUGAAGGCACGCCUAAACCUAACUAUAUUUAUGUGAAUACUACUGAAGAAGAUUCUAUGAUAGUUCAACAUGUGUUAGCAUGUCGAAUGGGAAAACGAGAAUUGAAAAAUGAACCUAGCAACGAUGUCAUACCAAAAAGUGAAAAAGAGGAGAUUAAUGAAGGCGAAAAAUCUCCGUCCUCUACUCAGCUCUUAGACAUUGUUAAGGAUAACAAUGAAUUGCCUUUAAAAGAAACCUCCAAAUUAUCGGAGUCAAAAGAGAAAGUUGAUUCGGAAUUUUUAGACGAAACAACAAAACAACCGAGUCUUAAGUCAAAUGAUGCUAUGGAUAAAGAAAAUAUAGAGACGAAGAAUAAGAAACCUAUUAUGGUUGAUGUUGAAGAAUAUUUCGUGAAAUAUAGAAAUUUUUCCUAUUUACACUGUGAAUGGAAAACCGAAGAAGAAUUGUAUAAAGGAGACAAACGAAUAUUCUCGAAGAUAAAACGUUUUAAACAAAAACAAGCUCAACAAAUGAAUAUAUUUGAACUUUUGGAUGACGAACCAUUUAAUCCAGACUAUGUUGAAGUCGAAAGAAUUCUAGACAUGUCAGAAAAUCAAGAUCCGGCCAAUAAUACAGUGGUUAAACAUUAUUUAGUGAAAUGGAAAAGUUUACAAUAUGAAGAUAGUACGUGGGAGUUGGAAGAAGAUAUAGAUGUUGAUAAGAUAAAACAAUAUAAAGUGUUUAGUGAAAUUCCAUCCAAGGAGAAAUGGAAAUUUAAGAAAAGGCCAUCUGCAGAUCAUUGGGUUCAACUUAAAGAAUCGCCUUUAUAUAAAGGAGGUAAUACACUAAGGCCGUAUCAAUUAGAAGGGCUUAAUUGGUUGUUGUUUUCAUGGCAUAACAAUCGCAAUUGUAUUUUAGCUGAUGAAAUGGGACUUGGUAAAACUAUACAAAGUUUAACAUUUGUCAAUUCUGUCUGGGAGUAUGGCAUCAGAGGUCCCUUUCUUAUUAUAGCUCCAUUGUCAACCAUACCGAAUUGGCAAAGGGAAUUUGAAGCAUGGACAGAAAUGAAUGUUGUUGUGUAUCAUGGUUCACAACAAAGUAAAAGUAUGUUACAAGAAUAUGAAUUUUAUUACAAAAAUGAAGAUGGGGAACCAAUUAAAGAUAUUACCAAGUUCAAUGUAUUGAUAACAACGUUUGAAAUAAUUGUCACUGAUUUCCAAGAGCUUAAGUCAUUUAACUGGCGUAUUUGUGUCAUAGAUGAGGCUCAUAGACUGAAGAAUCGUAAUUGUAAAUUACUAGAAGGAUUAAGGCAGCUCCACUUAGAGCAUAGAGUUUUGUUAUCUGGUACACCUUUACAAAAUAAUGUUAACGAAUUAUUUUCAUUGCUUAACUUUUUGGAACCAUCUCAAUUUUCUAGUAGUGAUGCUUUCUUAAAUGAGUUUGGCCAAUUGAAAACUGAAUCUGAAGUGUUAAAGUUACAAGCGUUAUUGAAGCCAAUGAUGUUGAGGAGAUUAAAAGAAGAUGUUGAGAAAACUUUAGCACCUAAAGAGGAAACUAUAAUUGAAGUUGAAUUAACCAAUAUCCAAAAAAAAUAUUAUAGAGCAAUACUGGAAAGAAAUUUCAGUUUCUUGCAAAAAGGAACUGCGUCUGCUGCAAAUAUUCCAAAUUUAAUGAAUACUAUGAUGGAGCUUAGAAAAUGUUGUAUUCAUCCAUAUUUGCUAAAUGGUGCUGAAGACCAGAUUCAGUUUGAUUAUAAGCAAACUUACGGAGAAGAUAAAGAAGCCUAUUACAAAGCACUCAUACAAUCUUCAGGUAAAAUGGUUUUAGUUGACAAAUUACUACCUAAGUUAAAAGCAGGUGGUCAUCGCGUUUUAAUAUUUAGCCAAAUGGUUAGAUGUCUCGAUAUAUUAGAAGAUUAUUUAUUGUAUAGAAAGUACCCAUUUGAAAGGAUUGACGGUCGAAUUAGAGGUAAUCUUAGGCAAGAAGCUAUCGAUAGAUUCUCUAAACCAGAUUCAGAUAGAUUUGUGUUUUUAUUAUGUACUAAAGCUGGUGGUUUAGGGAUAAAUCUAACUGCCGCGGAUACAGUCAUAAUAUAUGAUAGUGACUGGAAUCCACAAAAUGAUUUACAAGCUCAAGCUCGUUGCCACCGCAUAGGUCAGCAGAAAAUGGUAAAAAUUUAUAGAUUAAUAUGCCGUAACACGUAUGAAAGAGAAAUGUUUGAUAAGGCAUCUUUGAAGCUGGGCCUUGACAAAGCAAUAUUGCAAAGUAUGAAUACAACACAGGGAAAAGAGACAGGGCUUAAACAAUUAUCAAAAAAAGAAAUUGAAGAUUUGUUAAAAAAGGGCGCAUAUGGAGCUGUAAUGGAUGAGGACAAUGCUGGUGACAAAUUUUGCGAAGAAGAUAUAGAAAUGAUUCUGGCUCGUAGGACUCAAGUUAUUCAAAUGGAAUCAGAGAAAGGUUCUACAUUUUCAAAAGCCAGUUUCGCAGCUACUGAUCAGAGGUCAGAUAUAGAUAUAAGAGAUCCCGAUUUUUGGAACAAGUGGGCUAAAAAAGCUGAAAUAGACACGACAGAGAAAAAAGAAGAUGAAGAUUUGAUAGUUACUGAACCUAGAAAACGAACUGUUAUUAAAAGAUAUGGUCAUGAUGACGGACCAAUGGAAAUGUCAGAUAUGGAGGUGACACCAGAUUCUGACGAAGAUGAAGAAGGUAUAAGUUUGCGAAGUAAACGUAAAAAAGACAAGUUUGGCAGGAAAGGUAGAAGAUAUGCAAGUGAUGACUAUAUUCCGCGACACGAAGGCGUUUUUGUCGAUGAAGAAGUUGUAUAUGGAUCCUGGACUAGAUCAGAAUGCUUUAAAAUAGAAAGAGGACUACUUACCUUUGGUUGGGCGAGAUGGGAAGAAAUUAUAGAUAAAAAUCAGUUUAGAAAGGGAUGGACACUGCCUGUUAUUGAAGAUUGUGCUCGCAUUAUAGUACUUUAUUGUUUACGUCAUUACAAAGGUGAUGAGAAAAUUAGAAAUUUUAUAUGGGAUUUAAUUGAACCCUGUGAAAAUGGCGAGGUAACUAUUUCAAGAAAUCACAGUGGAUUACAUAACCCAGUACCCAGGGGAAGAAACGCUAAAAAAAAGAAUAAGCCGAAAGAUACGCCUAAACUCAAUGAUACUCAAAAAUGGGAAGAUCCAAGCCAUUGGAGUUCGACUGAAAAAUACGAUUGUGAGGCUUAUUUAGAAAGUAGCUAUAAAAAGCAUUUAUUCAGGCACGCAAAUAAGGUUCUACUGCGAGUGCGUAUGAUGUAUUAUAUCAAGCAUGAAGUAAUAGGAGACUAUGCAACACAAAUAGAGAAUGGAAUACAUGCGAGCUCUUUAGGAAUGCGCGUACCUAGAGGAGUAGAUAGUACCCCACCUAGGUUAUGGUGGGAUACAGAAUGCGACGUGUCUUUGUUAGUGGGCACCUACAUACACGGUUAUGAGAACUAUUUGGCAAUGCGUUCAGAUCCCCAGCUGUGCUUCGUUGAUAAGCUGGGUCCACCUGACGAUGCUGAAUGUACAGAUAUAAAAAGUGAAGAAAGGAAAGUUAGAGGCAGUGUUGUAGGAGAUGAAGACUGCACGGACGACGUGUCGAGUGGAGCGGGCGCCACGUCGCCUACCGCCUCGCCGCGGCCAGAUGACGAUAGCACGCAGGGCAGCGGCGGCGGCCAUCUCUGGCCCUCUAUGCAGGACUUGAACACGAGACUGCGCCGGCUCAUUACAGCAUACCAGCGGAAUUAUAAACGAGAAGAACUCAAGUUACAGCAGCGGGCUAAGAUGGAGCGACGAGAGCGCAUGGAUCAGCUUGCAAGAGAUGAGAUCGCACAGUGGCGCUGGACCCGAGCUGAUGAAGAAGCAUUCAGACGCACAGUUGCUUCAUAUGGAGUAGAGUUUGAUCCAGCAACCAAAAGUCUCAGAUGGAGUCGAUUUAGAACAUUGGCACGAUUAGACUCAAAAAGUGAUGAUGCUUUAACUGAUUACCUCAAGGCGUUUAUGGCUAUGUGUAAACGUCAGUGUGGACUCUCUGUAGGUGAAGCUGAACUACCAACCAGGGCAGAUUUAAAAGCUGAGCCUAUUGGUGAAGAAAGAGCAAUCGCAACAUUAGAAAGAAUUGAUUUAUUACGUGUUUUACGCGAAGAGGUAGCGCCACAUCCAGCGUUAGACACUCGAUUAGCCCUCUGCGAACGUUCACCUGAUACACCACCUUGGUGGGCACCUGCCCGCCAUGAUAAGUUGCUGGUCUUAGGAGUUUGCAAGCAUGGCUUAGGAGAUACAUUCAACAAGUUAUUUUGUGACCCAAAAAUGCCAUUUGCGGAUUGCGCUAAUAAAUGGUAUACAACACAUCGAGGAAGCGGAAAACUUGAGUCCCAAAAUAUUCCUUCCGAAGACGAGGAGAGGAAUAAUACAGAGGAGUCUACAUACGAGACACGAACAUCUCUUCGACGUAGCAAACGUACAUCAAAUGCCUGCGAACGCGACAACGACGAUGAUACCGACGCUCUCUCGGAGCUGGAGAACCUAGCAAAACUCGGAAGGAUCGAAGGCUCUCUGACCCCUGAACACUGGUUUACAGAGCGAGCUCUCGAGACGAGACUCCAUCACAUUGCCCACGCAGUGCAAAAUCGCGAGUGGCCGGGAGCGCCACCAGUACCGAAAAGCAGUGAAGGCGGAGCUCGCGUCGGGCAAGCUGAUCAACUAGAGGAGCGCAAACACAGUCAAAAGCGCCAUAUAGCCAUUGACGUGGAAACAGAUCGCGCCAAACUACACGCUCUACUGUCUUCUCCAGCCGCCGCCCACUCGGCGUCUUCGGCACACAUGCGUGCUGAACGCGUGGAGCGCGAUGAUGCAUCGAGCGACUCAAGUUCGCGGCGGUCUACGCCUGCGCCGCCACCGGCACAUCAGCGAGUGGCACCGUCGCCCGCACCAGGCGCUACUGCCGGUACUACUGGGCCGGCCGCGUCGCCAGGAAGCUCUGCGCCCGUCGACUUGUCGGCGCCGCUUGACCUCAGCGAAGUUCAUGACUUCUCGAUGGGUCGUCGUACUCCGCAGACGACUGAUGGCGUCGCUUCCGCUCCUUCCGCCGCUUCUGCUACUUCAGUAUCAUGCGCUUCCCCAGUCACACCUACUAGAAGCAAGUUAGACGAUACUCUCUCUAGACUGAUGAAAAGAAAAAAUGUGCCUGCACCAGAGCAGAUAGUUGGUAAAGAGAAGAAAAGAAAAAAACUGGAUGAGAUUGUUUUGGGCUUGUCCGUCGCGAAAGGUCGAAGUCCAACUCCUGCAUUUUCAUCAGAUCCUCCUCGCAGCAGGAACACGUCAAUUCUUCCUGACGUUACUGUUACUCCUGCAGCUCCACCGACCUCUUCAGCAGGUUUGCCUAUACAGAAACCUUUUUCAGUAACUGUCACAAAUGUCCCAUCGCCUCAAGCGACGUCCAAAGAAUUAUCUUCCUUUUUGCAACAAUCCCUAGAACAGACUAUUAAAGGACAAAAGAGCACUUCUACCACUGUACCAAUGAAACCUUAUUCUCAUGAGGCUAAAGUAAAUAAAUGGUUAGCAGAACAAGCCAGUGUAGAAACCCGCCGCCGUGGAUUAACACCUCGACUUACACCUGAUGAACAUGUACCCGUAGUUCAUCGAGUUACUGGAAAACGUAUAGUUGGACAUAAAGCACCUCAGUUGAAGCAUUUGGCACAAUGGAUAGCUGAGAAUCCGAUGUACGAUAUUGACUCUAAGUGGACUGAAGGUAUAAAAGAACAUGUUAAAUUACCUCAAGAUGUACGUAGCCAAAGACAUUCACCAAUGCAGUCAACAAGUACUGCCACUGAACGUAAAAAGGGUCGACCUCCGACUCUUGAUGCCUCAUCGGCUAAUGUAUUAUCUUCAAAUGCCCCUCACAUGAACCAAAAUAUGAGUGCUUUAAACCCAGCUCUUUUGGCAAGUUUGUCUAGUUUGAGUGCAUUCGAUCCAAAAACACUGGCAGCAACACUUUCUAAUUUAACAGGAUUUGACCCAAAAUUGCUAAAUACUUUUGAUCCGAAAUUAUUAUCUAGUUUAAGUAGUUUUGACGCUAAGAAUAAUCCAUUAUUAAAUACAUUUGGGAGUAUGCCUAACUUAUUAGGCAAUAUUGCAGGAAGUAAUAUCUUUGCUAAUUUAGCUGGCUUAGGACUACCCGGAUUUUCUUCGCUUGAUAUAAAUAGCUUGAGUGGAACAGGUAAUUCAGGAGAAAAAUCAAAACAAAGAAAACCAUCAGAAGGAGCUAGUACUUCUGGCUCAAAAUCUACUAAUUCUCAAUUUCCUUUUGUAUUCCCAAACCCUAAUAUGCUAUAUCCUCAGCUAGGUCUGGGUGGAUUAAAUCCAUUUGGUAUGCAUUCAGGCAUGUCAUCAGCCUAUGAUGCUUUGGGACUACUUGGCAACAAUUUGGCAGCAAGUUCCAGUUCGGCGCCAUUACACAGUUCUAGCCAUACAUCUACACGUAGUGUUACAAAAACCACUACUCCCAGGCCAUCAACAGUUGUUACAAGUUCAUCCACAUCUCGGCAACAGAAAGUAUCUGAUCGCCAACAGUCAAGUCAACUUCCUCAGAUUCUUUUACCUCCAGACCCUUACCUACUAGAAUCCCUUUCUAAACAAUCUUUAAAUUAUGAGUCUAUUUUAAGAGGAGAAAAAAGAGUUCGUGAUAGUGAUAGUCAUGAAUCAGCUGCUACAGAUCUAUCUAAAACAGAUAAAAAAAAAUUACCGUUUGAUACAUUGCGUUCACAAGUACCUCCCGAAUUCGCUGCUGUGCAGGAGAAACUCCUAAAAGGUGAUAAAAAGGAUAUUGAUAUAAGUAAAAUGUUAUUGGAGCAAAUGGCUUCUGGAGCACUAAGUGCUAGUCUUGUCAGUUCAGCUGAAGCUAAAAAAGCUAAAGAUAAUGAAAAAGAUGCAUAUGAGAAAUUAAGCAAAAGCUCAUCUGAAUAUAUAGCUAGAACAUUAGCAUCUGAUGAUAAUUCCUCGAAUGUAUCAUUAACACUUAAAAGAACACAUGAUGAAAUGAACUGCGAACCUGAAAACUUAGCACUCCAGGCAAAUGAAGUAAUUUCAUCUAAAAAACUCAAAGAGUCACUUGUUGAAACUAAUACAAGUAUAGACAAACAACCAGAUACAAAUACAGGAGAAAUGGAUUUAGAAGACUUAAUAGCACCAUCCACUGUUAUUAAAACUGGUAUGAAAGCUAGUGAUUUUGAAAACAGUAUCCAAAAGGUAACACCUACAGAUAACAUACCAUGUUCUACACCAUCUAAUUUAGAAAAAGAUGAACAUGUACAACCUAAAUUGAAUAGUCCAUACCGUGAUUCAAAUAUACAUACUGGUAAUGAACAUAUUCCAGUUAAUGAGGGUACUAGUUCAGAUAUUGAUAGUAAAGACAAUAGCGCCAUUGUUGAUGAAUCUACUAACAUUAUAGAAGUACCAUCAAAUGACAUUGGACGUAGAGGGACCAAAAAGAAAACUCGUAAAUCCUCUGAAGAAGCUGCAACGUGUCCGCGUCGUGAGUUGAGAUCGAGUGCUGGACGUCAGUCGACCGAAAAUAUAUCCUCUAAUCAUUAAUAUUUUCUAUAAUUAGCAUCUACUACAUAAAUAAGAAUACUAAACCGUGAAUUUACAUUUUACUUUAAAGAAAUAUUCUAUAUAUUAUUUAAAAGUCAGCUGGCUGCAUGUUAAAUUGAAAUAAAUUCAUAAAUAUCAUUUAUUAAUGAAAUUGUUAAUAAUAAUAAUUUGCUUCAUUUUUAUUAGUAGGAAUUUAAUGAAUCUACUAUGUUAUUAUUUCCAACGGCUGUUUCUACUUUAACCAAAAGUCUUCAGGGUGAAGUUUAUUAGAUUCCCAACAAUCAAUUAUACAUUAAAUAGAUAGAUUUUAGACGUUUUUAGAUUUUACGGGAUAUUAAAUAAAACGGCAAAUUCAAUUACUGUAAUAUAAGGUUUUUAUUUCAACAAUUAUUUUUAUAUUAUUGUAAACACAUUUGUGUGUUUAACUAAUUACCUUGUUACAUCAAACUAAAUUGUGGAUUGAUUUUAUAGUCUAAGAAUUCUGUAUUUCCGUAUUAUGUGAAUGUGGUAUAAGUUGUAAAAUAAGGAGCAAUUGACAAUCCUUUAAGUGUUAGUUGAUUUUAUUAUGGGAACAAACACUUAAUGAACUAAUACUACUAGUAUUUUGUUUUCCAAUUAUUAAACUGGAAUAAAAUUUUGGAUUUGCGCCCAGUUUAUUGUUUUUGGUAGUAUAAAGCAUAUUGCAAUAUUAUAUCACACUAUGUAAUGCAAGUAUUGAUUGUUCAGUUGGAUUUAUAUGACAAAUAUUGCGGUGGCUAUAUCGCCUAUUCUAUUUAUCUAUUUUUAUCCUAUUUUUGUUUUUAAAUUUAAAAUUUUUGCUUACUGCAUAACUCAUUAUACAACAAUUGUUUACAGUAUUUUAAACUUGCUAUACUUAGAAAAAUUAAAAAUCAAGUUCUAUAAAAAAUGCCAAUGUAAACGAAGCGCUAGAAGUACAGCAACUACUAGCUUAACAAAGCCAAGCGGACAAUAGAUACUAAACCUUUUUAGGUUAUAAUAUAAUUAAUAUCGUGGUUCAUAUGUUUGCUAAGUAAGCUAAACAUAAUGUAUAAGAAUACUUUUCAUUUUGCUUAGAAAAUUUUAUAUAUUAUAUUUGAAUCUAAUGUAAUAAUAAUAGAAAAUUGAAUUACUUAUAUCUCUGUGUUAAUUGUAAUUUUAUUUAUACUUUUUGAAAACAAAAAUGUUUGUAAAGGAUCAAGUUUUAUAUAUUAAUAAUAAACUCUCCAAAUCAUAUCUUGGGUGGCAAGAUACAUAUAAUCUGUUUUUCUAUAGUUGGCAUAAUUAAUAAACAAUCUUGGCACAUCAAAAUAACUAUAAAUUAAACAAAUAGCAAAAUUAAAUAUGUUUUGUAUAAAUCUUUAUGUAUAAAAAUCCUAUAUCAUGAUAUUCAUUCAUUCUAAUUUCCGAAACCGUUAAAAUUUUUUAAUGAAAUUUGUAAAUGUGUAUUGUUUGCUCCAACUUGAUAGAUGGGAUAUUUCUUAUUCCUAUAGAUCUGAUAGGUAACAACAUUUGCCGUAAACUAGUUAAUUACUCCGUAUGCGUGGAAUUUAAAAGUAGGAACACCAAUGAAAUAAAUAUAUUCUAGAAGAUUAUAUCACAUCAGUAUCAAGAUCAUAUGGACUCAUAUAAAAUUAAAACAUACACCAGAUCUUGUUUUUUACCUUUAUGAACACCACCUUGAAAACUAUCCAAUUUGUUACAGGAAUUUUCACAUAUUAUCUAUUAUCUUGUGUUUUUUCUUAAUAUUAUUUGAUUUCAUUGUUUAUUAAUACACUGAGAAAAAAAAAACAGAUUAUAUAUAUUUUUUACAAUAGAAAAUAACAUUUAUUGCAAUACCUUAAAUACUUGUAAAGUUCGGCGAUUUUUAACAAUAUUUUUAGUUUCAAUAAUAUAUAAAGAUAACCUUGACGCAAAAUUUCAAACUGAUUACCCACCUUACUUGACACAAAUCAUAUUUGCUUUGCAUAAUUCGCAGAGUUUCAACUGAUUUUUACUACCUAUAUCUGUUUAUACUUGCACUAUAAAAUUUAUGUUGUUUAUUUAUCCAGUCGAGAAACGGGUUCUACUAUCUAAAAUGUUCCGAACGCAGCGGUAGAAUCAUGACAAUGACGAUUUAAAAGAUCUUAAAAAUCACAUUGACCUUACUUGUGGAUAGAGACGUAUGUACACAAAGAAUUUGUAAUCUAUUAAACUCUAUAUCCUCAUAAAUUGACAAUUGUACUCGUGGACAUAAUGUAUCUGCAUCGUUUGUGAUGGCAACUCUUACUCUUACUACUACUUAUGGAUUGAUACCUGCUGCAGAUUUUCACCAUCGUACAACCCGCCAUAAACUAAAAUUUCAUCCCAACCAUCUGGACGAGUGGCGGUCCUCCACCGUGCGUUUUUCAAGGCACUUUCUUCCACGCACAACCACUCUUUGGAAUCAACUUCCAGCAGCAGUAUUUCCGAACCGAUACGACAACAUAACCUUCAAGAAAAGAGCAUAUUCCUUUUUAAAAGGCCGGCAGCACACCUGCAAUGCCGUAGGUGUUGUGGGUGACCAUGGGCGGCGGUAGUCACUUACCAUCAGGUGAGCCGCAUGCUCGUUUGCCCCCUGUGUUGUAAAAAAAAAAAAAAAAAACUAAUCGCUUGAGGAACUUUCUGCUCUGCUCCAGAUUUAUCAAUGGAUAUAAUAACACCUUAGUCUCCUCUCAAAAAAAAAUUCUCAAUAAUUUCGUGACGAGACUAAGUGUGUAAAAAAUUAUUAUCAUUAAAUCAUUGUAUAUUAAUCAUACUAUAAUGUACUAUUAUGAAGUUUAUUUCUGUGGAUCGAGAUUUAAAGAGCGUGUUACGGAGAUCUCUUGUAAAUGCUGAUGUGGUGUGUUAGAUUUACUCUUUAAGUAGAUAUUGGCUGGCUACUAUUUAGAAAUAAAUUUUACAAAAGUAAUAAAUUAUACUUGCAAAUACUGACCUGAAAACGAUCGUCAAGUUUUUUUUUUAGAUUUAUUGUUAGUUACAUUUUUAAGUUUUUAAUUUACUUUAAGAGAUAAUUAAGUCAUACACUGAAUGUGAUAAAAUUAUUUAUUACAUGUAUUCUUAUUAUUUUGCAUUGCUCUAUUGAUACAUUGUAUUAUAGAUAAUUAUGUGACAAAUCGUAAAUAAAUAUGGAACUGAUA